CUAUCUUCCUACCCAAGGCCCCAUCUUCUCUGGGUGUCGCCUGCUGCGGCUUCUCCCAAACCUUCGCUGGUACCCAAGAACCCAAGUCGCGUCCCCCGCGCCCACGCCUAUUUCUGCUAGCCUCCAUAUACGCUCGCGACCGCCGUGCCCAGCAGCAGGUUUCUUCUGCUCAACCACACGGCGCUAGCAUCUCGUGCUCCUCCACCCUCCACCGCUACAACCCUCUCCCACAAUGGCGUCCGCUUCCUUCCGAGAAUCCAUGAACUCGCUUGGCUGGUCCAGGCGCGAGUCGCAGGCCCCCGUGAGCACCGCGCCGCCCUCGCUACUCGAUAGAAUACAGAACCUGAAUCCCUUUGGCGAGGGAGGCUAUGUGCAACUCCCUACCACCGAAACAAACCCCGGUGCCCCUCUGCCCGCCCCGACGAGAAGAGAGGAAGAAGAGGGCUGGUUUGCGCUAAGUCGGUGGGACCGGUUGCUCGUUUUUGGCGGCCUGCUCCUUGCUGCCUUGGCCAUGUUUGCUACAUGCAUUGGCCUCAUGUUUACGCCUGUCUUUUUGGUUAGGCCGCGCAAGUUUGCCAUCUUAUGGUCUAUGGGUAGCCUUCUCUUUCUAGCUGCAUGGGGUGUCCUGAUGGGCCCGAUACAAUAUGUUCACCACCUUAUCUCCGGCUCCAGACUUCCGUUCACGGCCGCGUAUUUUGGCAGCAUCGUCCUCACGCUGUAUUUCUCCCUAGGUCUGCAUAGCACCCUUCUCACCUUCAUUGCGGCUGUCGCUCAGCUAGUUUCCCUGGUUUGGUACAUCGUAUCCUACUUCCCCAUGGGCUCCUCUGGUCUACGUUUUGCUGCGCGCUUUGGAGGAAACCGCGUCGCCGCCUGGAUGAGCGACUAGGCUCUGUUCUUGAAACCUUGCCGGCGCCACGCUCAAUAUUGUGGCUAUGCCCCUCCUGCGAAUACGGGCGUGUCGUCGCAAUGCGACGCGUGUCGGACAAUACAUGAGCAUGUCUGGCAGGGCUGUAUAUUGCCCUUGUACGCGAAGAGUCGACUUGCCAGGAUCUCUCAAUGUCAUGUUCCAAUCCCAUCACGCUACAUAGUCACAUAUACGCCUCUCUCCACGCCUCUUAUUGCUGCAUCCUGACUGAUCGGCUGGCGUGGUGCUAGCGGCACACUGAACGAGGCGGCAAUCAGACUAGCACCUAGCGCGCCGUGUCUGCAUUGCACUGGUGUAUUUGGAAGCUUCAAGUGCUAUCGCCUACGGCCAUUCUGAAUCAAGC